UAAUAUGCAUAUCUGCAUGUCUAAUAAAAAUAAAAAAAUCAACGAGUGCGUACACGAACUUUUACGAUGAUUGGGUUUAAUUGAAAUACAUAUUAUAUUUAUAUAAGUACAAUAGGUUCGACACCGUUGAAUAAGGUCCACCGAGUAUUUUCCGUCACUGUUUCUAGUGCCAAUAUUGCCACCAGACAUCACGAUGGACGGUCUACGGUCGGGAUUGUUCCUGAUCUUUUUGGCCGGGUACUGUGCGGCCGGUGACACAACUAACUCAAGACUACCAGACGAAAACAUCACGGCUGGACACGAGUUGAGAAAACAGCUGUUAAAAAAUUACGAUAAAGUAGUAGUGCCCGCUACAAGUAAAAAACGCGUUCCCAUGAAAGUUAACACUGUAUUCAACAGCGUGGAAUUGAAUUACGAAUCGUCUCAUAUGAUCAUUUACGCCUGGUUAAAAGUGACGUGGAUUGACGAUCGACUGACAUGGAACCCGAACGAUUACGAUCAAGUCAAUUACAUCACUUUCGAACACUUCGAAAUUUGGCAUCCAGACCUCAUGGCCUACAACAAUAUUGAGGCCAACACCAUAGUGGACGGAAACACCCGGAGCAUCGUGUUCAACACUGGAGACGUCUUGUGGGUACAGCCCGUGCAAUACAGGAUAUACUGUAGAGCUGACAUGACCCAUUGGCCUUACGAUACGCAGACCGGAAUGUUAAAAAUCGGAUCGUGGGUGUACAGCACGAACUCGAUAAAUAUGACGGACACCGCGCACGAGAUCGAAAUCCAUUCACCUCAAUCGGAAUGGCAGAUAUUACGAAUUUCCAGCGAGAAAAUUACAAAACUCUAUUCGUGCUGCCCUAACGAUCCAUACAGCCACGUCGAGUACAACAUCACCGUCCAUCGUAACUCCAAUACCUAUCAUCCGGUGGUUUUCGUACCGGCCUUAUGUACAGCUCUAUUGAAUCUACUAGUGUUUUGGCUUUCGCUAGAUGACUACAGAUACAAACUGAUAAUAAGCCUAUUCAACGCUUUAAUUGUUGUCGUCGUUCUACAGAUUCUGUACUCGAAAAUACCUCUGAUACUAUCCACAGUCCCAUUAAUAUCUUUAUACUACACGUACAGUCUGGCACUGAUAGUUUUGACAGCUAUAAUAUCAGUGGUGGUAAAAAAUAUGACAAUAAUACGGAAACCACUCUCAAAACCAAUUUCAAGCAUCGUUCAAUCCAAAUUUAUGGAAUUCCUGGCAAUGGAAGUGAACGAACCAUCGUCGAGCAACCGAAUUCAAAACGAAGACAAAGAAAUAGAUUUACAAUAUAUAGAGUUUAACAAAAGACAGAUAUUUGCUAAAAUAAUUGAUAAAAUAUGUUUUAUUAUAUUUUCAAUUAUUUAUGUUAUUCUUCUAUCUCGCUUUGUGUUUUAGUUGAUGAAAAUAAUAUUAUAUUUUUGAGUUUUUUAUCGUUUACAAUAGUACCUAUACAAUUUAGAGGAAUUAAAGUACAAUAACAUUUAGUUAUUACAAUUGGGCCUGAUAUGUACGAACUUGAAAAUAUAUGCUCCAGACGUUCGAGUAGAGACCUCG